AUGUGUGAGGCAGCGUAUGAUAAUUAUACAGAAAACCCUGAAGAAUUUAUGAAAUUUUUGGAGGAAUCAGAGAAGCCAUUGUACAAGGGAUGUCAACGUUACACAAAAUUGAGUGCACUUGUGAAAUUGUACAAUACCAAAGCAAGGCAUGGAAUGAGUGAUGCUCUAUUUUCAGAUCUACUAUUAGAUUUUGGAGAUAUGUUGCCAAAUAAUCACAAUCUAUCAUCCUCAAUGUAUAAUGUAAAAAAGACGUUGAGUUGCUUGGCGUUGACUCAUGAAAAGAUUCAUGCUUGUUCCAAUGAUUGCAUUCUUUAUAGGAAGCAAUAUAAAAACUGCACAAGCUGCCCUAAAUGUGGCUUGUCACGGUGGAAGCUAACCAAAAACAAGGUUGAGAAGAAAGGUGUUCCCGCUAAGGUGGUUUGGUAUUUCCCUCCCAUACCAAGAUUUAAGCGCAUGUUUAAAUCUUUAGAGACCUCAAGAAAUUUAACAUGGCAUGCAGAUUCUACAAGAGUUGUUGGUCAAUUACGUCAUCCAGUUGAUUCACCAUCGUGGAAGUUAGUGGAUCAUAUGUGGCCCGACUUUGAAAGUGAGCCAAGAAAUCUUCGUCUAGCGCUUGCAGCUGAUGGCAUUAAUCCUCAUAGCAAUCUUAGUAGUCGGUAUAGCUGUUGGCCAAUCAUGUUGGUCAAUUAUAAUUUACCUCCAAAUAUGUGCAUGAAGAGGAAAUACAUCAUGCUAACUAUGCUCAUUUCAGGGCCUAAACAACCUGGAAACGAUAUUGAUGUCUAUCUGGAGGUGUUAGUUGAAGAUUUGCAACGAUUGCAAAUGAAGGAGUUUAAUAGCAUGGAGGAACUUGGAGAAGCAGCUAGAUCAUUAUCUGGGAUUAAGUUGUUUGACAAACUUUCUGACAUAAGGUGUGAAUUUGGAAAGAAGAUAAGUGUGAGAGGGAAAAAAAAGAAUGCAAAGGCUAAUAAGUUGGAAGUCACUAUAGAAGAAAAAGAUUUAGAAGCAACAAAUUUCAGAAAAUGUUGGAAGAAGAAGUCAAUCUUUUUUAAUAUUCCUUACUGGAAACACUUGCAUGUAAGACAUUGUCUUGAUGUUAUGCACAUCGAGAAAAAUGUAUUUGAAUCCCUCAUUAAUACUUUGAUGAAUGUUAAAGGAAAAACCAAGGAUAAUGUGGCAGCUAGGUUGGACAUGGUUGAGAUGGGAAUUAGGCCUGAAUUAACACCUAUAGUUGGGGAGAAGAGAACAUAUCUUCCUUUUGCUGCGUGCUCAUUCACAAAAAAAGAAAAGUUACAAGUGUGCAAGUCAUUAAAGGAUAUAAAAGUUCCAGAAGGUUUCUCUUUAAACAUGAAUAAUAUUGUGUGCAUGGAUCAGUUGAAGUUGACUUGCUUAAAAUCCCAUGAUUGCCAUGUUUUAAUGCAGCAUUUCUUGCCAAUAGUCAUACGUGAUGCGCUACCAAAACAUGUUAGAUAUGCCAUCAUAAGAUUAUGUUUUUUCUUUAAAGAUAUUUGUUGUAAAGUUAUAGAUGUAGCCAAGUUAGAUAAGCUGCAAUCUGACUUGGUUGUUACACUAUGCUUAUUGGAGCAAUAUUUCCCCCCGUCUUUCUUCGAUAUCAUGCUUCACUUAACUGUCCAUCUUGUUCGAGAAGUUCGAUUAUGUGGACCAGUUUACUUUAGAUGGAUGUAUCCAUUUGAAAGAUGCAUGAAGGUGCUUAAGAGUUAUGUAGGCAGUCGAAAACAUCCUGACGGUUGCAUUGUUCAGAGAUAUUUAGCAGAAGAAGCAAUUGAGUUUUGUUCAGAAUACCUCAAUGAUGUUGAUCCUAUUGGAGUUCCUCAAUCAAUUCGAGAUUCGAAAGCAAAUGGUUCUGGCUUGCAAGCAUGCAACACACCAAUUAUAGUGCAACAAGUUGAUCUUGAACAUAAAACUUUUUUGAAAUCAAUGUUUCCCAAAAAAGAGAAAGAUGAAAGGUGGAUACAAGAUGCUCACAACAAGAGGUUUAUUGAUUGGUUUCGUGCAAAGGUGGCUGCUGAAAUUGACAGUUGCAAUGGUGGAACAACAUCAUCAUUAACAUGGUUGGCCCAUGGAUCGCGUGCACAAAUCAUUAAGUAUAAUAGUUAUGUGAUAAAUGGCAAUUUAUACCAAACAAAGGCGCGAGAUGAUGACAGAGUUUGCCAAAACAGUGGGGUUUCUUUAGUUGCCAACACCAUGCUUGUAUGUAGUGCUAAAGAUAAGAAUCCCUUGCUAGCUGAUGUGUCUUUCUAUGGAGUAAUUGAAGAAAUAUGGGAAUUAGACUAUCAUCAAUUUCACGUUCCUCUUUUCAAAUGCGCGUGGGUUGCAAAUGACAAAGGAAUAAUCAACAAUGAUGAAUGUGGCUUCACAUUAGUCAACUUGAACAAACGAGGACACAAGAAUGACAAAUUUGUGCUUGCAAGUCAAGUCAACCAAGUCUUUUAUAUUGAUGACCCAUUAAAAAAGGGGUGGUCAAUUGUGCUCCCAGUUCCAAAUAGAUGUUAUGAGGGAGAUGCUGAUGAUGAUGGGAGCAGUAUUCCUGAUUCUAGACCAAUUGAUGAUGUUGAUACUCAUUGCAUUCCUGCUCAUGAAAGAUAUUUUAGAUCAGAAAUUGAGGGUGUUUGGGUCACAAAAAAGAAAAAAUGA